AUGUCCGAGGAUGAGACGUCCUUGGAAACGCUAGAGGAGCGAGUUUCCAGAGCAGUGCUCUCAUUUAGCCGAUGGCAGCGGGAGCACCGCAACUAUUUCGACGCAGACUCGGGAGCGUGGCUUGUCUGCGCAGCGUCCUCAUCGUGCGAUGAAGCCGCUUCAGAGGGUAAGCGACUUUGUAUGGAGGCAACGAGCCUUGAACGUGAGACUGCGCGUACAGCCGUUCGCUUCAUAGAGCUAUUGGAAGGUGCUAAAGGGCUCGUUCGAAAUGGGAACCAAUGGUUCGCGCUCUUUGCGUGUUGGCGCCGACUGAAGCACGCGUGCAGGUACCGCGAUCAACUAGAGGCGCCUCUUGCAACCCCACUAAAACAGUUCGUUGGCGCAGUCAUGCGACAGAUAGACGAGUGUCCGCUGGUGAUUGCCGCUCUAGGUGCAGCAGAGCCACUGCCUGCCGGCUUGACUGGCGUGAGUGCGCUCUACCAGCUUCAUCCACAUCGACUUUGGAUCCGAGUCGCGCACCUGGUGAAACGCAUUCAAGCAACAAUGAGCGAGAGCGCAGAGCGUUUGGAGCCUGGCGUUGGUGCCCUCCGACGUACCCGAAGACGCUGGGUCUACGCAGAGACGCUGCAUCAGCGGGCGUUGGAAGCGCUGCGUCAGCUGUUUUCGCUGCUUCAGGAUCGAGCGGAAACCAUUGCGCACUUCUAUCGACCAACGUAUUCGAGUGGGAUAGAGAUUGGCGAUGAGGAAACCUUUUCGCAAUGGCUAACCAAUGAGGAGAAACUCCGAGACGAAGCGACCAGGGCGGCAGCGUUCCUCUGGGCGCUUUCCGGCGACGAUGCUUUGUACGCGUUCAUGAACAGACAAGACGAUGCAGCAUCUGGUGCGUUUACAUUGCACUGGCUCCAUCAUGUCGAGUAA